AAGUGCAUUUCCUGUUUUCAACAUCAGUGGCAAAGUCAUUAACUACUAUUAAAUAUUAUUAUUUAAUAAAUCCCACUGAAUCAGCAUGAUAGUUACCUAACUGAGCUAUUGCCUUUCAGCUUUUGACGAGAUUCAUAAUGUGGGUAAAGCUGCUAACUUUCAGUUGUUUCAAGAAAGCUGAAGCUUUCCUGAAAGGGCCAACAGCCUCAGGCUCUGACCCAUUAAGCAAGGAGGAAUCUCCUGCACAAAGAACAUUAGCAAAAGAACUUAAACCAAAGGAGAAGUUAUGGGCAAAUAUCUUGAUGGUGAGGAGACCCAGAGAACUAGCUGAAAAAGAAAAGUUUAUCUGAUCUUUCUAGGAGGAGAUCAGACUAUGCCUCUCACCCCAGGUUCCAAACCAGGAUAACCAGGAAGGACAAAGAGGAGGAGGAGCGGGGUCAUCUUCAGUUCUCCCUAAACAUGCUUCUCUUUAAAUGUGGCCAAAACCGCAGGAGUACUGGGAAUGAUUCCCAAAACAAAGCCAGAUUUUGAAAUAUCCAUUUCCUCCAAUGCUUUUAAAGACUACAGUAUCUUUUGUUUGUUUGGGGUUUUUUUAACUCUUUCCCCCCAAACCAGAGGUCUGUCUGUUACAUUUUUAAGGUAUUAUUCCACACUGGUAAGAUAAUGCUCACACUCUCACUGCUUAGAAGGGCUGUUAUUAAUCAUAAAUUAAUAGGUAGGAUUGUAAGUAUUCUUGCUGCUGAUUCUUCAGCAAAGAGAGACAAAUUUAGGAUAUUGUAUAUCUUUUGUGUCCUAAUGCACUUGAAAGUGCCAAAUCAAAAUGUUAGAACAUCACAUCUAAGUCUUGGACUUCUUGCUGUAGUAUUUUCGAUCGGAGAGGAAGCACAGGCUGCGAUCAGAAGGCACACACUGUUUAGGGGAGUCCUGCCAGAAAGCACAUUGCAGGUUUCUGCUUGGAGUCUUGUGAAUGUGGUGUUUUUCAAACAGCCAUAUGGUUUCAGUUUGAUGGGGCUUAUCAUUCAGAACAUUCCAAUGGACUGCUCUAAGCUGUACCUUUCCCAAAACUGAAAAUAAACAUCUGGCAACAUCUGUUAUCAGUUUUCUAAGUACAGUGGGACAGCAGCCUUCAGUGGAUGGAGUGGCAUCCCACAUGGAGAGGUGGAAAGGAGCAGGAAAGGUGGCAGCACUAUAAGCUGAGCUAGCCUGGACAGGGACAGCAGACAUAAGGGCAAGAAAGGAUGUGGCAUGUGAUGCAAACCAACUUUGGACAGACUAUGAACUGCAUUGUAAAACCCCUUUGCUCAACAUCUUAUUUUUUGUCUCUAUAGAUAACUUGAGAUUUGGAGCUGAUGUAGAAAACACUCAGAAUGGAAGGCAAACUCCCAUGUCUCCUCCUGCUGGUGGGAGCAGUUGUGACUAGCCAGUGCCAGGGCUUACUCACGCGUUUCAGACGGGGAGCCAGACCCAGAGCCGUUUGCAAAGACAGUUCAUCUGGAGAAAUUUUCCAGCACAGGUGGACCUGGCUGAGGCUUUCAGGGAGCAGAAUAGAGUACUGUAGGUGUGACAGCGGGCGGAGUCGCUGCCACACGGUGCCUGUCAGAGCCUGCACUAGAAAUAAAUGCUACAAUGGGGGCCAAUGUUCACAGGCAUAUUAUUCCCCACAGCUCUUCAUCUGCCAGUGCCACCAAGGUUUCUCAGGGAAGCAGUGUGAAAUAGAUACUGAAGUUAAAUGCUACAAAGAUGCUGGAGUAACAUACAGGGGUACGUGGAGCGUGACAGAGAGUGGAACUGAAUGUUUAAAUUGGAAUAGCAAUGACUUGAUGGACUUGACAUACAAUGGCCAAAGAGCAGAUGCUGCUGAGCUGGGAUUAGGCAAUCACAACUACUGCAGAAACCCAGAUGAGGACUCCAGACCUUGGUGCUAUAUCUAUAAAAGGGGAAAGUACACCUGGGAACACUGCAGUGUGCCCUCCUGUUCAAAAGUUACGAGCACCAGCUGCAGAUCUGGGAGAGGCACAGACUACCGAGGCAGCCACAGUGUUACCAGUUCUGGAGCUACCUGUCUGAAGUGGAAUUCUGGAAUCCUUUUCAACAAGCGAUUUACUGCUUGGAGAACAGAUGCUUACCAGCUGGGCCUUGGUAGUCACAAUUUCUGCAGGAAUCCUGACAAUGACAGCAAGCCCUGGUGCCAUGUCCUGAAAGGAAAUCAGCUCACAUGGGAGUACUGCAAUGUGCCUACUUGCUCCACCUGUGGCUUACGGCAGCGCAGGGCCCCGCAGUUCAGGAUCAGAGGAGGCUCCUCCGCAGACAUCGCAGCCCACCCCUGGCAGGCUGCCAUCUUCGUCACCUACCGCCGGCUGCCCGGGGAGCACUUCCUCUGUGGAGGGACUCUCAUCAGCUCCUGCUGGGUUCUGUCAGCUGCUCACUGUUUUGAGGAAGGCUUUAGUACAAAUCAGCUGAAGAUUGUGCUGGGUAGGACUUCCCGAACCACUCCCGAGGAAAACGAACAAACGUUUCAAGUGAAGAACUACAUUGUCCAUCGGAGAUUUGACCCAGAAAAUUUCAACAAUGACAUUGCUCUGCUGCAGCUGAGCUCAGAUGCAGAAACCUGUGCUGUUGAGACAGACACUGUGCGAGCUGCCUGCCUCCCCACGCCAGAGCUGCAGCUGCCUGACUGGACCGAGUGUGAGAUCUCUGGCUAUGGCAAAAAUGAGGAAUUUUCUCCGUUCUAUUCAGAGCAGCUGAAGGAAGGCCAUGUCAGGCUGUUCCCGGCCAGCCGCUGCACGGCACAGCACCUGGACAACCGCACAGUCACAGACAACAUGCUCUGUGCAGGAGACACGAGGCACCUUGAUGAUGCCUGCAAGGGCGACUCUGGAGGGCCCCUGGUGUGUAUGAAGGAUGAGCGCAUGCACGUGAUCGGAAUCAUCAGCUGGGGGAUCGGCUGUGGCCGCAAGGACAUGCCUGGUGUUUACACAAACGUGAGUCGUUACCUUGGCUGGAUUCAGGACACCACAAAACCCUGAGAAAGAAACAUGAACUCUUGGCAGUCUCGUGGUCGUGCCCUCACAACUUCCCUCUGGUGCCUUAAGGAUGCUGACAGGGCUUCCUGUUUGUCCACAGGAUCGUGACUUUCAGUACAAAGGGAAGACAAACUGCAGUGCGUGAGAAGGGCACAUUCCCAAAUCACCCUCCUUUCCAUAUUACAGGUUACCAGAAACUAAUCCUCCUUUCCCCCCAACAUCCCCAAGCUUUCUACUUGCAUCAAAUCAUGAGUACAAUUUAAAAUCAAUUUUGGGCCAAAAGAGUAAACCAAGAGAGAAGAACAUCAUGUAUCCCUGAAGCAGAUAUGUUGUUUGGGAAAUGGCUGUAAACUGAAGGCAAAGAGGACAGAUCUAAUUUCCUGAAAGUUCAUUUCCCUUCUUACUUGGCUGUAAAAUUGGAAAACAUUCUAGUCAGACUUAAGCUCUGUCCUUAUAACAUUUGACUUGAGUAAUUUAAGCUGGUUUCAGCUUGACUGCAAUAGAAAGAACAAUGCUGUUGGCAUAUUUCCAGAUCAAUGUACUACUUAUUUUUUCAGUUUGGAACUAAUUAAUUAACCGAGUCUGAGCUUAAACUCUCUGAGCAAAUCCAGGAUGGCAUGCUUAUUAGAACAUUCUAUUCUUCCACGUGCUUUUUCUCCUGGUAAAGGAAUAAGUAAAAAUAUUAACAUCAGCCUGAUCUGCCACAGAAUCAGUGCAUACUUUUUGACUAUUAAAUUUCUAUGCAUUAUCAUCUGAUAUGAAAGUAAAAGUUCUUUUUUCAGUGCAGUGGGGCAGAACAAAGGACAAGUGUAAUGGUGGCAGUUUUAAGUGCCUGCUAGAUUUACAUCCACAAGUAAAAGGCCAAAUCACAUGUCACAAGGCUGCCUUUGUCCUUUAACAGAAGACAGGGCAGGUACAGCCAAUCUGCAUGAACCAGACCCUCAGUAAUCAGCUUUACUGCCUCGCACUGCAGCUGCCAUGUGACACUGAGUGGCAUCUGUGCACAUCCCAGGAGCCAAUCUUUUGUCCAACUGCUUUAUAAAGAGAAAGCAGGUGUAACUACUGUUUUACAAAAGGAAAACACUAUACUGAGUCAGUUCAACAGCAGCUCCCAUAUUCCAGCCUGUGGAAGGGAAAAAAAAACCCAAGAUGUUUUUUAGUGUAGAAUCAGUUCAGGGUUUUGGUGUAAUUUUUUUUUAAUUGUUGAUAAUUUUACUAAGUAUUAAUGUUGAGAAAAAUACAAAUUUAUUUCCAUUCAUCUCCCCUAAACCCAUUUCCAAGUGCUCUUGUGCCUCACUCUCCUGGCAUUCCCAAGCCUGCCAAAUACCUGCAGCCUGUAAAACAGUCAAAACUGUUCCACUGAGUAACACAAGUUAAGUGUCCUCAGGAACACUUGUUUCGUAAUUCAAACAGUCUAUUAAAUACAAUAUUUGAACUCAAUGUGAUCUAACAGCCACUAAUAAAAUGUUUUCAUCUUUACAACA